UACGGCGGGCCACUAACGCGGCGAGGCAAGAUGUCGGCGACCAAGAGGAAGCGGCGUGGAGACUUAGAGGUUCAGGCAAAGAAGCCGAAAAGGAGUCGGAAAGAUACCGGGAAGCCAGCUAGGCAGGCGGCUGUGACAAAUGAGGUGGAACAGGAAGACAGAGAUCGCAUCCCAGGUCCCGUUUGCAAGGGCAAAUGGAAAAAUAAGGAGAGGAUCCUCAUCUUUUCUUCCAGAGGAAUAAAUUUCAGAACAAGACACUUAAUGCAAGACUUGAGAAUGUUGAUGCCUCAUUCUAAAGCAGAUACUAAAAUGGACCGUAAAGAUAAAUUAUUUGUGAUAAAUGAGGUCUGUGAAAUGAAAAACUGCAAUAAAUGCAUCUACUUUGAAGCUAAGAAAAAGCAGGAUCUCUAUAUGUGGCUUUCAAAUUCACCUCAUGGGCCAUCUGCAAAAUUCUUAGUUCAGAAUAUUCACACUCUGGCUGAACUGAAGAUGACUGGAAACUGCUUGAAAGGUUCUCGCCCCCUUUUGUCUUUUGACCCUGCUUUUGAUGAAUUUCCACAUUAUGCUUUGUUAAAAGAACUCUUAAUUCAGAUCUUUAGUACGCCACGGUAUCAUCCCAGGAGUCAGCCAUUUGUGGACCAUGUGUUUACGUUCACCAUUCUGGAUAACAGGAUAUGGUUUCGGAACUUCCAGAUUAUAGAAGAAGAUGCUGCUAUGGUGGAAAUAGGACCUCGCUUUGUCUUAAAUCUUAUCAAGAUUUUUCAGGGAAGCUUUGGAGGACCAACUUUAUAUGAAAAUCCUCAUUACCAGUCUCCAAACAUGCAUCGGCGUAUCAUAAGGUCCAUCACAGCUGCAAAGUACAGAGAGAAACAACAAGUCAAAGAUGUUCAGAAACUGAGGAAGAAAGAACCAAAGACUAUUGUUCCACAUGAUCCCACUGCAGAUGUUUUUGUUAUACCAGCAGAGGAGAAACCAGUAGAAAUACAGUGGGUGAAGCCGGAGCCUAAAGUAGAUCUGACAGCAAGAAAGAGACGGAUUUACAAAAGGCAUCGGAAACUGCAGCAAAAGAUGAACAGAGGGAAUGCAAAAUGAAUCAGUGGAUAACUGCCUUCUCUAGUUACUGUAUAUUUAUUUUGUAUUCCACUUGUAAAUACUUGUAGUAUCAGAAACUAGCUAUGUCUAAUUAGGGUGCCUUUUAAAAAAAAUUCUUAAAGUCCUGUUGGUCCUUUUCUAAAUAAAGCAUCUCUAGAAUGCA